AUGGCCUCCAGAGGUGGGGAGGUUCCAGCCCGGAACCUCCCCACCUCUGCGGGACCCGUGGUGGGACCCCUGAGUCAGACGGUGCGUCUUGGUCACGCUUCAUAUCGGCCGGCCUGGGAAGGACGAGACACGCAGAGUGGGGGAAGUCCCCCACCCCAACGCAGCACACCCUCCCGGCCAUCAGAGUCGAACCCGCAGUUCGGAGGAACCGAACACCAGAGCACCAGCACUAGGCCGGGCCGGCAGAGGCCCUCCAAUGGUGGGUCGCGUUUGCCAUUCGAUCAAGAGUUUGGGUGGAGAGAUCCGGAGCUGCCAGAGGUGAUCCAGAUGUUGCAGCAUCAGUUCCCAUCAGUGCAGUCCAACGCUGCUGCCUACCUACAGCAUCUCUGCUUCGGAGACAACAAGAUCAAAGCAGAGAUCCGUAGACAAGGAGGCAUCCAGCUGCUGGUGGACCUGCUGGACCACAGGAUGAGCGAGGUGCACCGCAGCGCCUGCGGAGCCUUGAGGAACCUGGUGUACGGCAAGGCCAACGACGAGAACAAAGUGGCCCUGAAAAACUGCGGGGGGAUCCCUGCCUUGGUCCGCCUACUGAGAAAGACCGGAGAUGUGGAAAUCAGAGAGCUGGUCACAGGUACUGCGGCAAACUUACACCUCACAUAA